AUGGCUGAAGCGAUAACAGCACUCCUGAUAAGUAGCUGGAAGUGCGAGCCUCACCGUCCAGUGCGCGGAGAGGAGAAGGGCGGGCAUGUGAUAUCGAAGAAACGCGGGAUAAGGAAGGUGUUCGCCAAGUACGGCGGGUGGUAUCCUCCCGAUGCCUGGGUGGAAGGAGAUCUCGAUAAUAUGAAGCGACUGAUGCACGCAAAGGGCGUCGAAAUGUUCGGCGUAUUCGACUAUAGAGAACGGAACAAGCACGGCGUUUACUCGUCUGGUAAGACGGACGUGCUGGAAAAGAUUCGGGAUUUUUUUGGACAGGGCAACAAGACGCACUUUAUCCUGUACUUCACUGGUCACGGAGAUCAGGAAGGAUCGUGGGUCAUCCCAGUCACCACCGCUGUCCCGAGAAAGAGGCGAGAGACUCAACCGUACAAACGAGACGGGACUUGUGUGGGUCACUGCUCUGAUUCAAGCGUUGCCUCUCCGUCUGCGGCAUUCGCCCAGGUUGAAGUACACACCGAUGCGCCCUCUGACGCCCCAGAAUCGAGGAAGACGCCCGAGAAACGCGACACGCCCGUUUCUUUCAAUGACAGAAACCUGCACUCUCCCGCUUGUAGCAGCCCCGAUACACUCCCUUCAAUUCAACCUGGACAGCGACAGGCGGUGAAACUAAAGUCGCUCUACCAAAAAGCACUGAGAGAGAGGCCGGAGCCCACCAUGGAAUGGAACGAUUUGAUAAAGUACCAAGACGUGGUUGGGUUGUGGGACGAAUGUAGCACGGGGAAUAGCGAUCGCCGCCUAAUGUUGAUUCUGGAGUGUUGCCACUCGGGGAGGUGGGUGCAAAAAGUAAACGGAGCAUUUGUAAUAGAGCUAGAAGAAGUUGAUGAAGAAUCGGGGUCUAUUGAGAUAAAGAGGAAAUCUGAAGAGAGACACGAUAUAUGUAUUCAAGCAGCGUGUGGACCUAGCGAAGCAACGAAGGUCGCCACGAAUCAACUCAGCAGCGUAUUCACGAGGACGUUUGUAACUGCACAGAGGAGGUCGAACUUUGAGAAGUUUGUACUCACUUUUCUGGACCAUUUCUUAGUGCUGAAUUUGGUGUCGAUUGCUCGUUCACUGUCGGGCUGUCAGUUUUCUCCAGUUAGCUCAAAAUGUCGGCCAUUUGGAGGGAUACAGUUUUUUGAUUCGUUUGACGACAUGUAUUUGAACACAUAAGGAUAACUAGUUGUAUUUGCUGUAAAAUUCAAAGUUUUUGGAACAACUUAUAAGCAGACUUG